ACUCUUCUGGCAAAGAUUUCGGUCCUACCCUGGGAUUGAAGAAGUCCAGUUCUCUUGAGAGUCUUCAAACUGCUGUGGCUGAAGUGAGGAAGAACGAACUCCCUUUUCAUAGACCCAGGCCUCAUGUGGUCCGUGGUCGGGGAUGUAAUGAGAGUUUCCGAGCUGCCAUUGACAAGUCUUAUGAUGGACCUGAAGAUGGAGAAGAGGAUGGUUUCUCUGAUAAGAGCUCUCAUUCUGGUCAAGAAGCUCAGAACAUGGAAUCAGCCCCUCCAGGGAACCUUGAAAUAGAAGAUGCAGAAACUAAAGCAAAAAAAGACAAAAAAAAUAGAGAGAAAGAGAAGAAAAAGGAAAAGGGCAAAUCUAAAAUCAAAGAGAAGAAAAGGAAGGAAGAAAAUGAAGAUCCAGAAAAGAAAAAGAAGAAGGGUUUUGGUGUCAUGUUGAGAUUUGGAAAGAAAAAAGAAGAUAAAAGUGGGAAAACAGAUCAGAAGGGGAAUUCAAAGCAAGGCAUGCUUAAAGAGGAGGAGUUGGAGAAAAUGAAAGAUGAACGUGAAAGGAUUGGUGUAAAGCAUCAGGAGUUACGACAAAAGCAACUGAGAGGCCUGAGUGAUUAUUCUACUGGUCCUGGAGGACCUGACAUUGACGAUGAUGAGAUGGAUCCAAAUUAUGCCAGAGUAAACCACUUCCGAGAGGCUUAUCCAGCAGCAAGCAUCUACAGGCCAUCGUCUCCAGCAGUAGCAGAAACCUUUGUAUAUCCACGUGAUUCUUCUUCAGGACCAAUGGAGAGGGAGCACUUGGAAGGACUCUAUGCAAAAAUUAACAAGCAGCACUACCCACAGACUCCUGGUGACAGUGGCUGCGCAGGUGCUGGGAAUGCUGAUCGUAUCCAGAAGCUACGGAAGGAGUACCAUCAGGCCAGGCGAGAAGGCUUACCUUUCUAUGAGGACAACGAAGGAAGAACACAGCCGUCUGAUUAUGACCAGCGCUGGGUGCCUGGAAAAGGUCCAGAUGGGAGCUCAUACAAUCUCCACUUUGAGGGCAUGGAAAGGCAGUAUGCAUCCUUACCCAGGCGUGGACCUGCAGAGCCACUGGAAUAUUUAACAGGGCCACGAGUACUAUACAAAGAGAGAGAUCUUCCCUACUACCAAGGAGGACAGCCUGUUGUCCACCCAUCUAAGGGGAACUACAUCCGUGCGCCAGACACAAGAGUGGCAGAAUUGAGGUACCCCCAGUACUACCCAGCCCAGCCCGUCGCAAACCAGCAUAAAGGACCCCUCCGGCAGGACGUGCCACCUUCCCCUCCUCAGUCUCACCGAGCACCAGCUUAUAAUGAAAUUGUCCGACACCGAGGGACCAGUCCAGACCAGUACCAGUACAGGCAACAGGACCCCAGGCAGAAGAACCCCAUGACUGCGGCUGUAUAG